AUGCCCGAGAAACUGAAAGUCGUAUCUGGGCACGGGCAACUGGGCGCAUGGCUGCCAGGGCAGGCGAACUGUUCAGUCAUGCCCGAGAAACUGAAAGUCAUAUCUGGGCACGGGCAACUGGACGCAUGGCUGCCAGGGCGGGCGAACUGUUCAGUCAUGCCCGAGAAACUGAAAGUCAUAUCUGGGCACGGGCAACUGGACGCGUGGCUGCCAGGCCGGGCGAACUGUUCAGUCAUGCCCGAGAAACUGAAAGUCAUAUCUGGGCACGGGCAACUGGACGCAUGGCUGCCAGGGCAGGCGAACUGUUCAGUCAUGCCCGAGAAACUGAAAGUCAUAUCUGAGUGCAGUUUUUGCGGUCCUUCUGCUGCGCAAGCGGUGGCGAGAACUGACCCAAAAUCGCGAACGCGUCAUGACACAGUUUCUAGUGGCAAGCUCGUUGAUUUUCUAGCGAAGGCAAGGCAGCGCUUCACGGUCAACUGUUUUUUGGUGACCCUGGAGCGAGGAGUAUAUAUGAACCUGGAGCCCCAGCUUCACUACUACCUGAUCAGCAGCUUCAGUCAAAGCACCUCAUCCACUAUGAACUCUAUCACAUUCGUUCUCUUCGCCGGCCUCGUCGUCCUGAGCGCGGCUCGCCCUGAAGAUGGCUGGCACGGCGGCCUCGCACAUGGUGGAUUCGGAGGUGGUUUCGAUGGUGGAUUCGGCGGUGGAUUUGGUGGUGGAUUCGGUGGUGGCCUCGGUGGUGGUAUCGGCCACGGUGCGGUUGUGAGCUCCGAUGUCGUCUCUGGCAAGGUCGUUCAUCCCGCCCACACCGUGGGAGUGUCCCUCGUGUCCAAGCCUUUCCCCGUCAAAGUCCCAGUCAAAGUCCCCAUCGUGAAGCACAUCCCUGUCCCCAAGACCAUCAAGACCGUGAAGACCGUCAAAGUUCCCUUCACCGUUGUCAAGACCGUCCCCGUCCACGUUGUCAAAACCGUCAAAGUCCCGGUUAAAGUCCCAGUAAAGGUACACACCCACCACCAUGGUAUUGGUGGCUUCGGUGGUGGUUUCGGUGGUGGUUUCGGUGGCUUCGAUGGUGGAUUCGGCGGCGGUUUCGGAAGCUUCGAGCACUAAGACCUUAUUUAGUUUCAAUAAAAACUAAAAUUCUUAUCAUCAACUUGAGAAAUGAGAACAGAAAAUGAAAAAUUCAUACUUUUGCUGCAUCAAGCAAAGUGUGCAAUGACGCUCCUUAAAUUAUUCAACAUCGAAGAUUGACAUUUCUCAGUCUAUCUUUGAAGUAUAUUUAUCUUUUUCUAA